GAUUGUGUGCGGCAGACAGAUAGAUGGAAGGAUACAACCCGUCGCCGUCGUUCCCUCGAAGCAACGUCCUGCCGAGCAACCAGCCGCCAUCAGGAGGCAAUUCCACGAACAACCAGGCAUCGUCGUCUUCGUCGUCUGUGCCCAUGGCCCCGAAACCAACGACCUCAAACCAACCGUCGUCCUCCGGAGUGCAAGUGCCGAGUCUGGGCGCACCACAGUCGUUGUUGAACCAGCACAUGAGUCAUCUGUCGCAGAGUCACACGCACCCUCAUCCGUUGCAUGGAGGCCACUCGCUUCCACACCAGCAUUCUUUGCAUCAUCCGCUUCCACUGCCUCGACAACCCCAAUCGUCCCACAUCACUCUCGCGGCGAUGCCGCAAUCCCGUCCAGGCGGCGUUCCCAAUCGCGGCCUUCCCCCUCCUCCCUUUAGCUCUGGACCCAUGCAAAUGAAUACGCCACAUCAACGCGAGUACCCGCCUUACUUCACGGACAUUUCUCGUCCUGCUCCGCAACAACAACAGCAACAACAACAACAGCAGCAGCAACAACAACAACAACAGCAGCAGCAAUCAUCAUCGUCGUCGUCGUCCACAGCCCAGCAAGCUUCCGCGCCGCCGCCGUCCGUCGCGGUUCAGUCGACCCAUUUGAACAUCAACAACCCACAAAUCGGUCCCCCGCGUCCCAUUCGCGAGCUACGCGUCGAAGACGCGCUCUUGUACUUGGACCAGGUCAAGCAGCAAUUUGGCGACCAACCUGAUGUGUACAACCAGUUCCUGGACGUGAUGAAGGAGUUCAAGUCCCAAACCAUCGACACCCCCGGCGUCAUUCAGCGCGUGUCGGAGCUGUUCAAGGGCCACCCGAACCUCAUCUUUGGCUUCAACACGUUCCUGCCGCCGGGGUACCGCAUCCGUCCCGAAACGCUCGACCUGUACACGGUGUCGCAGCCGGCGCCGUCGUCUGCGACACCGCUUCAAGCCCGUCCGAACGGCCCUCCUCCCACGUCCUCCUCGACCAACAACAAUGGCACGUUGCCUCCGCUGUCAUCUUCGUCCACCUCUUCCAUGAGUCUGCUGCGUCCACCGCCCGUGAGCAUCCCGCCGUCAGACGCCGCGCUGGCAUCAUCCAACCAGCCGGCGGCACCGCCGCUUUCAUCGAAGAAGCAGCCAUCAUCCAAGCAAGCGGCCAUCCCAGCAGGAGCCAAGGGCGGCGGAGGGCCGCAACCCGUCGAGUUUGACCAUGCGAUCCUGUAUGUGACCACGAUCAAGAAGCGCUUUGCCGACGAGCCAGAAACGUACAAGGCUUUCCUCGAGAUCCUGCACACAUAUCAGAAGGAGCAAGGAUCAAUCAAGCAAGUUCUGGACCAAGUGAGCUUUCUCUUUCGUGAUCAUCCCGACUUACUGCGCGAGUUUACGUUCUUCCUACCCGAUGCAGUGCAAGAACAGGCCAAGGAACGGCUGAACAAGGCGGCGGAGAAGGCGCAGCUCCGUCAAGCCAAGUUGCUGGCUUCAACGUCGUCGUCGCAUCCUGCGAAAUGCGAUACAGUGAAGAAAAAAAGUGUGAAAAAAGAGCUGAAAAAAGACUUGCUCAAAGACGCGAUCGACGACAAGGACUUGAAUCAAGGUAGUGGACGCCGUUCGAAACAAGUGCAGAAAGAACGCGGCCGAAACAAAGCCACGUAUGAUGGGCUGGUCAAGCAGCGCAAACACAAGAUGGACACGCCGCCGCAGCGCCGCGACUUGCUCGCGACCACCCAAACACUGAUGGAUCCCAGUGAAUGGCACAUGUUUGAGAAGAUCAAGAAGGUGCUGCCAUCCCGAGAUAGCUGGCGCGAGUUCCUGAAAUGCCUAGAGCUAUAUGCGCAAGAAAUUGUGGGCCGGGAUGACCUCGUAGCGAUGGUGCAAAACUUGCUGGGCCGACACUCUGACGUUGUCGCAGAGUUUACAGCGUUGCUGCAUACCCACGGCCAAGCGAAAGAUGACUCUGGCGGCGAGAUCUGGCCGUUUAUCCCGCUCGCUGAGACGGACUUGUCGCAGUGCCGCCGCGCGACCCCGAGCUACCGCGCGCUGCCGGCGAGCUACCCGCUGCCGCCGUGCAGCUUUCGGAGCCCCAUGGAGCGGCAUGUAUGUAACGACGCAUGGGUAAGUGUCCCGACGGGGUCGGAGGACUUUAGCUUUAAAAGCAUGCGCAAGAAUCAGUACGAAGAAGCGCUGUUCAAGUGCGAAGACGAACGGUUUGAAAUCGACAUGGUGAUCGACGCGAACGCGGCGACGAUUGCGAUUUUGGCGCCACUGGCCAAGGAAUUGGCCGUGCUCUCGUCGGAUGGCCGAUGGAACUAUGUGCUGGACAAGCACACCCUGCGCGUGACGCACUUGAAUGCGAUUUCGCGCAUCUACGGCGAAGCGGGCCACCAAAUGCUCGAGUUGCUGGCAAAGCACCCCGCGGGCGCGAUUCCCGUGAUUUUCAAGCGGCUGCAGCAAAAGGACGACGAGUGGCGCCGUGCCCGGCAGGACCUGAACAAGCAGUGGAAGGAUGUGAAUGAGAAGAAUUACCACAAGAGUCUGGACCAUUCUUCCUUCUACUUUAAGCAAAAGGACAAGAAGGCGCUGUCCGCCAAGCACUUGUUGAGUGAGGCCAAGAAGACCCUCGACGCCAAGGACUCCGCCAUAUUCACGCUGCCCGCCGCCAAGAUUCACAAGGACGCGUUCGGACUACUCACGUACGCCGCGGAAAAGAUUGCUGGCGACAAGGACAAGAUCAGCAAAAUAUGGACCCAGUUCUUUUUUCCGUUUUUCCAAUUGGACGAAUCCUGGCUCAAACGCAAACCGGUGCGGUCGACGGUGAGUGUGGCGGCGUCCAAGUCCAAGUCGCUGGUCCCGGGCACGGAGGUCGUGUCGGACUUUGGGGAAGGCGUGGUCAAGGCCGUGGACACCAACCGGGGCAUCGCGACGGUGCAGCUGCCCGUGGGGAUCGCGUACAUCCAUGUCGAGUCGCUCACGAUCCAGGAGGCCGCCGACUUUCCGCCGAACGUGGUCGUGUCGGACGAUCGGGACUCUGCCCCUGUAUCUCGAGGGUUCUUCAGCGAAGCCGCGUACGUGUUUGUGCGGCUGUACCAUGUGCUGUACAGUCGGCUGGAGCAGGCGCGGGAGCUGUGCGAGAAGGCCAAGCGCAACCGCAACCGCCGCACCAUCAACCCCGCCGCCGCCAUGCUCGCGCACGCGCAUCAUGUGGCCGAGGUGGACACGCAGACCGGCGACUAUGAAGCGUUCAUGUCCAAGUUGUACGCGUUGAUCGACCAGUCGAUUGAGAGCCCAAGAUACGAAGACUGCUGCCGCAGCUUGAUGGGGUCGUCGUCGUACUUUUUGUUUACGAUGGACAAGCUCGUGACGUUGCUGCUCAAGCAGAUGCAGCACAUGGCCACGGACGACGCGUGUCAGAAGCUGGCGGCGCUCUACCAGAGCCAGCUCGAGUCGCCCUUGGAGAAAGGCGCGUACUUUACAGCCGCCAAGCCCAUCUUUGACGACGAAGGAGAAGGCGCGUUCUGGAUGGAGUUUGCGUCCGGUGUGUUGCGCAAGACCCCGCUCGCGUCCCCGUCCAACAACCCCGGGGUCGACAAGAAGGCAACGACGCAGCUGUGGGCGCCGUCCCCGCGCACGAAACACACGGAACCGUCCAAGUGGCUCGUAGAACCGCACCUGUCGGUCGAGUACCUCGGCUCGGUGGAGGACGACAGCAACAAGGACGACGACGCGACGUUGAGCGAAGAAGACGAGAGCGGUCUGAGUGAAGAGGACGUCAAGAGCAGCAAGAAGCGACCUCGAGACGAACCUCAGGACGAUUCGUCUCCGCCGCCGCCGCCACCCGAGGACACGGACGAGUCGGCCCCCAAGCGAAAGAAGGAGUAGGAAUGUUGGUUCCCCUUUAUAUAUACAGUACCAGUUUGUAUGGGUGAUUGAGUAUGCGGAUGCCGGAUAAUUGUCCAAUACAGUACACUACUCAGAGUAUCAAUCAAUAUAAA